GCAGCCUGUGAUUCAUAGCAGGGUGCUGUGCUAUUAGGGGCAACUGAGAUUUCAACAGUCGCUGUAAUGACUCAGAGUACUGUGCCAUAGUGGACUUGGCUAUGCCCUGAACCCUGAAGGUCAAACAUGGACAAGAUCGAAGAGGACAACAAUAACAAGACUGUUCAGUCAUCCCAUAAGUCUACUCCACAGGGCCUGACCUUCACUCUAAUAAGUGCGGCCUUCUUCGGAGCGCUGGGCUCAUCUUAUCUCUACGGCUACAACCUCUCCGUGGUCAAUGCACCCGCAAUCUACAUUAAAAGAUUUUACAAUAAGACAUGGAUGGAGCGCUAUGAGGAACCCAUCGGAGCUGAGACGGUCACCCUGCUGUGGUCUGUCACUGUGUCCAUCUUCGCCAUCGGGGGCCUGGUUGGUGCUCUCACUGUCCCCUUUCUCAUCAAAGUUUUUGGAAGGUGAUAACAGUCUUUUCCUUAUCAAAUAGAAUACAAAAAAACAACAAGGUAUCUAUAUUUCUUUUGCUAUAUUUUAGCCGUUCUCCGGUGU